AAACCAUUCGUUGCAGGUUGUGGAACAGUUCAGACGCGAAUGUUUCGAAAUAUUAGGAAACUUUUACUGUAGGCUACUUUAUUCCAAAGUGACCUACAAAAUAUCGUGACAUACAGAACAGAAGUGCUUUACAGCGUCGUUUGUUGAACAGUAGGCUAUUGCUACAAUGUGUCAUCUUUAAUUCGUUACAACAGACUAGCAACUGUAACAGCAUUACUGUCACUGUAACAUUAGUGUUAGACUAGAACACCGAAGGUCAUGCAAUCUGUUGAGAAGUCGUGUUGUAUUAUAUCAGUGCAUAGUUUAGAUACAGGAAAGCGUUUGAGUUGCAGCGGUACUGUUAUAAGUCGUACAGGGAUAGUGGUUUGUAGUGGGGUUCUGUUUAGGUCUCUGGAGAAGGAAAAUAGUUUUUCUUCGAAUAAGAGCUUUAUUUUACCAGGUAGCAGUAGACGUAAUCUUGACAUACGCGUAGAAUAUCAUGAACCAAAUGUUGGAAUGAAUGAAUGUUCAGCCGAGGCUUGUGUCAGAGAGAGACCCGUUUCGAGCCAUAAUGCUGAACUUUUAAUGAUAGUCAAUUGUCCAGAGUUUCGCUCAGCAUUCCGAAAUUUAUUUAGAGAAACCGAAAAGUGGAGUUUAAUAGACAGCGAGGAUUCUGAAGCCAGAAACUUUGACGUUUUGUCUUGGUUUGCAGUACUUACCGUGCCACACUGGAAUGGCAGCAACAUCAUUCCUCAUGUCACAAGUGGUUCUUUGAAGAAAGGAUGCACGGUCAUAGCCUGUGGUUCUCCGUUUGGCUCUCAAUGCCCCGACCUCUUCAUGAGCACCCUGAGCAAAGGAAUUGUGAGCAACCUUUGUGGAGAGGACAACGCACUCAUACUCACUGAUGCGCGCUGUCUACCUGGAACAGAAGGUGGAGGACUAUUUGUGAAAGGUGGAAGACAUGUUUACCUCGUUGGCCUCAUUGUGGCUCCUCUAUGCUGGAAGUCCAGCGAUUGGAUUGGGUUGAGUCUUGUAUGCUCUCUUCAUGCCAUACUCAGAAACAUAAAACAUUCGGCCUUGGGAAACCAGGCGAUCCAGAAAGUUGUUGGAAAUAUUUCCAGUAAUGAGCAUCAACUAGGCCCACAGCCCUCUGAAAGUCUGGUCAAAAAUCCAACAGUGGCAUUGGUGGAGAGCGGCCAGUUUUGGGGAUCAGGGAUACUCUACACACAUCGUUUGGUUUUGACUUGUAGGCAUGUGGUGGAUGGGGAAUCUGUGGUUAAAGUGAAAUUUUCUGUGGAUGGAAGAUUUCACACUAUGAUGGGUGAUGUGGUGUUCUCCACUAAAGCAUCCUCUCCCUAUGAUAUUGCUGUGGUUCAGCUCAGAACUGACCCUCCAUAUGAAUCUGUUCCACAGUUUGCCUCUUUUUUCCAACCAGGUGAAGAUGUCAUCGUCAUUGGUUACGGUGUUUUCGGUGGGCUGUGUGGGCCGAGCGUGUCCUCUGGGAUCCUCUCCAGGGUGCUGACCAAUAAGUCCCGGCCUGUGAUGCUCCAGACCACAUGUGCAGUGCAGGCAGGGGCCAGCGGUGGAGCUGUAGUGCGUGCGGACACAGGAGAGCUCCUUGGUCUUGUGUCCAGCAACACGCGGAAUUUUACGGCUGAAGUGACAUAUCCACACUUGAAUUUCAGCAUUCCAGUUACCGUGCUAGAGCCCCUGCUGAAGUGCUUUGCUGUAACAGGCGAUACAGAAGUGUUUGAGGAACUCAACAGAGUGGACAAAGGAGUAAGGACUAUCUGGAGACUGCAAAAUACACAGAGCAAACUAUGACCUUGAUAAUGCCUUCCUCAAUUACACGUGCCUUAAUAUGGAGAACUGACAACUAUUUGGAGACGUGAAUGGUAUUCUUUUAUGUCUAUAUAGUGUACCAGUGUGGUUCACCAUACCUUGAAAUCAGUGUUGUUCUUUGUGUAAUCCAUGGCAGACAAAGGACCACAAUAAUUUAAAUACAAACAGUUGAUUUAUCAGCCUCGCCAUGCAUUAUUGAUAAUAUCUAAUAUGAUAUGUAGUCAAUCUACCUUAUGUGAGAAUAUUCAAUGAUACAGAAAUGUACAAUGACAUGUCAAGCC